UUGACAAAAAAAGAGGAAGAGAAAGAAAAAUGUUGGAAAGCAUUAACCUCAUCUCCUGCAACUUCUCUCGUCUUCCUCUUCUUCUUAAACCCUCGAGACCACACCAAUCCUUAAGACAAUCCCCAAAAAACCUCCUUCUUCUACAAUCACGAGCUUCUUCUUCUUCAACUUUUCUAAAAUCCGAUAAAAUUCUCCAUCACAAUCACCGUUUCUCGAGGAAAGACACAUUCUUCCAUAUCUGCAAAAGCUCUUUAAACAACCCAGAAGAACCAGAGAAAACUCAAAUUCAAGAAGAAGGAAGAGAUUGGUCAAGCUCAAUUUUGCUUUUUGCGUUAUGGGGUGCGCUUUUGUACUAUUGCUUCAAUCUCGCUCCUGAUCAAACACCGACACAAGACUUGUACUUUUUGAAAAAGCUUUUGAAUUUGAAAGGUGAUGAUGGUUUUAGAAUGAAUCAGAUCCUUGUUGGGUUAUGGUACAUUAUGGGUUUGUGGCCUUUGGUUUAUGGCAUGCUCUUGCUUCCCACUGCUCGAAGUAAAACUCCGGCUUGGCCUUUUGUCGUGCUUUCGUUUUUCGGUGGUGUAUACGCUUUGUUACCUUAUUUUGCACUGUGGAAUCCUCCUUCUCCUCCUGUUUCAGAGACUGAACUGAGACAAUGGCCUUUGAAUGUUCUGGAAUCAAAAGCAACUGCUGGGGUAACUCUUGUUGCAGGACUGGGUAUAAUUCUUUAUUCAGUAGUUGGUAAUGCCGGUGAUUGGACAGAGUUCUAUCAGUACUUUCGAGAGAGCAAAUUCAUUCAUGUAACGAGUCUUGAUUUCUGUUUACUGUCUGCAUUCGCUCCGUUUUGGGUUUACAACGACAUGACCACCCGAAAAUGGUUUGAUAAAGGCAUUUGGCUUUUACCGGUAUCGGUGAUUCCAUUCUUGGGACCUUCUUUGUAUCUUCUCCUACGACCAGCAGUGUCAGAGACGAUAAUAGCUCCCAAAGAUUCUGCAUCAUCUGACCCAAAUGAAUAGUAACAUCAACGCUCGAUGACGAAACGAUUUUCAUGGAUUGUCCAGAAAACCGACGAAGGUUUUCCAGAGACCAUCAAGUUUCUGCUGAUGAUGACAUUAUCAAACAUGAUAAACCACCAACGUCACAAUCAUAAGGAGGAUUUCAUUUGUACCUUUGUAUACAGAGAAUUUCUUAUGGUUAAGAAAGUAUAGAAGUUUUACCUAAAGGAGGUUUUUCGAUC